UAAGUAUGUAGAGAGCAAAGAAAUAAGAAAAAGACAAGCUCUCUGAAUGCCUGCAGUUAGGUAUCAGCCGAUUUUUAUAUCCUUUCCCUUGUUUUGUUUGUUGCUCAUCAUGCCUCUGGGGUUGAUUUGGAGACCUGAUCUGAUGGAUAAGUUUGUAGCAAACCUUGACUGGCAUCCCUCAAUUGUGUUUACUUAACCCCAGAAGUCGUGUUCUAUCCCAGUGUAUUCACAGUCUUCCUCCCAAACUCUAAAGCAAAUUGAAAAUAAGAUUGGUUUGGUCUGUUGUGAUAGUCGUUGAUUUUUUUUUUAGUUUGUGUUUUGCUUAUGGUUUGUUGGGUUUUUUUCCCCUGGAGGGUUUUGUCUCAGAGUUCAAGAAGUUUGAGUGACUGUUCAAUUUUGAGCUCAUUUUGUGCUCGGAACAAGUUCCAUUUGCAGUUGAAUUUGUACUUUAGGAUUCAGAGUACACUCACAAGCUACACAAUAUGUGAUUAUCAAAUGUAAAUUUAGCCCCUGGAAGCUGUUCCACAUUUGCCUCUUUGUAUAUGUGCAGAUGUACAGAGCCCAGCAGCACCUGUUACAGACCAGUUAUGUUAAACUGGGAUAUUCCAGGGAUGAAAUCAAAUGUGUGAGAAGGCUUUUAUUAUUUUUACUGUUGCAUUUUGCUAUGGUUUUGAUAUUUUACAUUGGUUAUGUCCUAACAGGUCACUGGGCCCCUUCAGCCAAUGAACAAAUACUUAGGAGAGGAUCCCCAGCAGAGAUUAAGGAAUGACCUGUUCUAGGGAAGGAGAUUCAGUGCCUGUUGCAUGAUGUCAUUUUAAUCUUUCUUCUGUCUCAGCCAUCUUUAUUCCAUAGCAUUACUGAUAUCUCUCUGGAUUUCUUUGUCAUGCUUCUUCAUAACAUUUUAUUUAUUUGUUGUAGUUACUAAAACUGAGGGUUUUUUUCAGUAAGUUUUUGUGGAGAUACAGAUUUUAUCUUUUUGACAAGUCUUCAGAUUCAUUGUUUAAUAUACAGAAUUUAAUUUGGAAAAAGAAACUUUUUUCCACAUUGCCAUUAGAGACUCAGAAUUUAUUUAUUUAUUUGCCUCUUGUACACUUCCUUUCCUUGUGUUGUAUGUCAAGAUGUUUCUUGUGACCAUUCUGUAAAGGGAUGCAGUAUUUUUACAGUGUGUUGAAGUUUUACAGUGUGUUGGUUUUAAGGAGGUUUUCUCAAUUUUUAUAUUAAUAUAUAGAGAUCCAAGUUGAUAAGUUUUCACUUGAACUACUGAGCAAGACAGGCUGAAGAUUCUGGUUGUAAGGAUGUGUGAAAAAUCCAAGUGUCUUUGGCAUACAGUUUGUAGGUUGGCAGCAUUUCCAUCUGCCCUGAUCUAACAUGGAUUUUAAUUUUGUACAAGGAACUGGGUGUAAAUGGAGUCGUGGUGUGAAAUGCUCAGAGUCAGCACUACUGAAAGCAGCCUAUGGUGAAGUGCAGCAUCUGUGAAUACAAAUCUGCCCUUCUGGGACACUGUGCAAAAUGAUGUAACGGAGUGAAAAAGCUCUGCAGAAAUAUAUUUCACCUGCUGUAACUGAGGCUUUGCUGCAAUACUUCACAAGGUCUGGGUGUGAUGCUUUCCUGGCUGUGCAGUGGGAUUGUGUUGUAGGAAAAAAGCUGUUGGCAAUAACAGCUGGAGAUCCUGAGGCUUUAGUUUGCUGCCCUGCCCCUGAGCUGCAGCUCUGCUACAAAGAGGCAACACUAAGGAAAGCCUUUAGUGCUUGGGGGGUAAGUUGGAAAAGAAAUUAUCUUCUGAAAAAUUCAAGUUGCCCUUUGAAAAUGCUUCAAUGUUUGUACAUUUGCAAAAAGUUCAGAUAAUCUGAAUCACCUGUUUGUUUCUCACAGCUUUAUCUAAGUAUUCCUGUUCCUGCAACUUCAACAUGCAUGAUGUUAGAGUUUGAUGAAAAGCAUAGUGAAACAUUUUAAACAUUUGUAUUUUAGUGAAUUAAUUUCUGUAGCUACUGAAACUCUCUUAGUUCUUGAAUUACAAAUCUUGCACUGGUAAAAGUAUUUCUAGAAGUGCAAACGCCUUGUGCUGAGUCUCAAAUUUUUAGGUACUGUGGAAUUUAUAUAUCAAGGAAUUACACUGUAGAGGUUGUUGCUACUGAAAUAAAAUAAAUGCUGUUCUUUGGUAAAUAUGAUUAUGUUAAUGAGAGACAAAAGCAUGGAAGAAAAAUUCAAGCACGUUAAGGUAAAAUUUUCAACACUUCUGCAUUACUACCUUACUACUAGAUUAGAAAUGUUUAAUAGUUUGAAAAUAAUAGAAAUGUUUGAUAGUCAUUUCAGUGCUGCUGUGAUAGCACCUAUAUACUGCUCAUGAGAGAAUUCAAGUUCUAAGCCACCUUUGCUUGCCAUUAUUGUCAUUAAUAUUCCAAACUAAUGAACAUAGAACUUAAAACUCUGCAUUGUCAGUCUGUUCAAACUGUGAAUUACUUCAUGAUUAAAUUCUGCUUCUGACUGCACUCUCAGUUAUAAGUUGUGUUGAAUUUUGGAAGAGCAUGGGGAGCUCAUUCUCCUUACAGCAAAUGGCAUUUAUGAAAAAAUACAGGGGGGUUGUUUUGGCUGUGGAUGCUUAUCAGUGACAGUAAAAUACAGGUCACACUAUGGGACUGUAAAGUAGCUUAGUCUCUAAAAAAAGAUCCCUCUUGGCUACGUUAAACUAAAACCAUCAACAACAGGAUUCAAGAGCUUCUUAGAUAAGUCACUACCAGUUUGGAAUGGGGCCAGAAUGCAAUGUUCAUAAUGCCAGUAAUUGUUUAGCUUUGUUUGGUUUUUCCCUUUCUCACAGCUGGAAUUCCAAGAGGAAAAUUUUCUUGACUUUGUUUGGGCAGUCCUUGAGGAUGGCAAGCAAAGGACCCACAGCUUCUGCAUCAACAAAGAGCUCCAGUACUGGAGGGACCAGUGGCAGCAGCAGCAGUAAUGGCUCUGGGGACAGCACUAAUCAGGACAACACUUUUGAAUGCAACAUCUGUUUAGACACUGCCAAGGAUGCAGUUAUCAGCUUGUGUGGGCACCUCUUCUGUUGGCCUUGUUUACACCAGUGGCUAGAGACCAGGCCAAACAGACAAGUGUGUCCUGUAUGCAAAGCAGGAAUCAGUCGAGAUAAAGUUAUUCCUCUCUAUGGAAGAGGUAGCACUGGGCAGCAGGACCCCAGAGAGAAAACUCCACCACGACCCCAAGGACAGAGACCUGAACCAGAGAACAGAGGGGGAUUCCAGGGCUUUGGGUUUGGUGAUGGUGGCUUCCAGAUGUCCUUUGGAAUUGGGGCGUUUCCCUUUGGUAUAUUUGCAACAGCCUUCAACAUAAACGACGGGCGACCUCCUCCAGCUGUUCCAGGGACUCCUCAAUAUGUGGAUGAGCAGUUCCUUUCCCGCCUCUUCCUGUUUGUGGCACUGGUGAUAAUGUUCUGGCUGUUGAUUGCAUAAGUCUUUUCCAUUAUUCUAUAUAUUCAUGACCAACAAGGCCACUGAAACAGUUACAAACUGCAUCCCCAUCCCAUUUUAAACCUCUUGGUGUCUGGUUCCAUAGCUACCUAUGGGCUUCAGGAAUUGGUGGUACCACAGCACAAUGAGGAAUCUCACAUUUUGCACCAGAGUUGGUAAUUAAAACAUUGGUUUAAAAGUGUAUUUCAGCUCAGAUAUCUUGUACAACAGGUUCCUGCCACAAACCAUGGGCCUAGCGUUGAGCUGCUCUCCAAAAGGGAGUGCUGCUUUGAAAUCCUGUGCCAAUCAGUGACACCAGGCCUGUGGGAUACACAGUUAUCCCAACAGACUGGGCAGGUAAGGAAGCUUCUCCAGUGUGACCAGUAUCUCCUGCUUUGCAACCACGAUGGAUCUGCCAGAGCUGCAGAUGUUGUUUAAUGUCUCCAUCAACAUCUGACCUUCUCCAGGAAAUCAUCCCCAGCUCUGCUGGGACUCUCUGGGGCACAGCACGUGAUGCAGGCAGAGCCAGCUCUGGAGACUGGUUCCGGUUUCUUUUCCGUCUGUUAUUUCCCAGCGUGGUGGAAAACCCUUCCUGAUGGUUCUCAUGGCUGUUAGAAGAAGGGAUACAAAUUUAUGCUGCAAUUUUUUAAAGCCUGAGCAUGCUGGAGCCAGACCCUGGAAGAUUCUCUGGCUGUGGAGCCAGGUGGGGCUGCUGGAGGCAGCCCAGUUCCUCACUGACAAACAGUGUUGUUUGUGUUCCCCGGCUCUGUGCAGCACCUGGGCUGCACUCCUGGAUAAUCCCCUCCCAACCUCGUCACUGUAGCGACAUUUAUCUUCCUCAAGGCUUUGAGACUUUCUACACAAGGUCAUGUACUCCAGAUAAAAUCCUAUUACAGACCUGAGAUCAGCUUGUCUGGGGAGAGGAACAAAAGGCAUCUUUACGUGAGUUUUGAGGUAAAACUUGUCAUUCUGUAAAAUGACACAGGAGGAGCCCUGAGAUCCUGCCUUUGCCAGCACAUGCUCAGUAGGGAACGUUUGGAGACCUUCUCUCUGCAGGUGCACACAGACCCUCUCCCAUGCCACAGCAGGACAGCUGCAGCACCACAGUCUCUGCAGCUAAAAUCUACCAAAGAUUUUAAUUUGAAGUGCUGGAGGAGACCACAACCAUUAAUGUGCUGAGGGGAUAUUGCAGAAGGUGAGCAAUCUGCAGCCGCUUUGGAAUCCUGUUGGGUAUUCAGCUUUAAAGAGUACUCCUGAUGUAUUUGUGUAGAUUCCUUCAAAACAGGUAUGAGAGAUUCCCUAGCAAGAUGAACAGUUCAUAUUUCUCUGACUAGGCAAUUCCAUUUCUUUUUCUCUUACUGUUUUUAGAUUUUUUUGAUUCCGGUCGCUCGUACUCAUGAUGAUUUCCUGCAAGAUGAAUGUUGUGACUUCCCUGGCAGUAGACAGAAAAACUGAAAGCAAAUCAAUUAAUAGAGACUUUGUUUCAGUAGCUUGGGAUUUUUAGUGUAUGGCAGAGUUUCCUGGGCAGGACACCUUUAAUUAAUUGUUAUAGAAGUUUAUUUAUGUAAUUAUAAACUGUUUCCUUUUAGUGUCAAGACGGAGUAUGACUGAAGUUUAACUUGCCUACCUCCAAAAUUCCAUCUGGCAAGUAGAAUGUUGCAAAGCUUCUGCAGUGUUUUGUCACGUCAGAUUUAUACCUGACUCAAUAAUCUGUCAGAAUAUAUUGCUCAACUGUUUAUAGUUGAGGUGGUGCUUCAGCUUUUGCUGUGCGACACUUGUGAGUAGCUGAACUUUGGCAAAGGGUUCUUCUCAAUGUGUAACUUGGUAACUGGGGCCCUUCCCAGGAGCACGGGCUGUUUGGUUUGGUUGUCCUACAAUGUCGCAGCUUUGGGUUCCUCUCCUGCGCAGUCAGCACCACCUGCUGAUGGGAAGGGAAGGUUCAUGUGACGGUAAGGGAUGGAUUCCUUCUCCUUUUGGACGGAGAAACUCGAUGCUGAGAGGUUAUGCAGGGAGGAGAAAGGUAGCUCUUUGAAGCCUUUAUCCCAUAAAGAGGAUAGAGAAGUGACUGCAAUAGAUUCAAGAGGUACUGAAAUAUAUUUAAUUAAUACAUUUUAAAAACCAGAAUUUUAAUGGAUCGGGGGUGGGGAUUUCCAUCUAGAAGUGAGAGAGAUAAUGGAUUUAUCCAUUAUCUAGGACUGAGAGAGAUAAUGGAGAAGGCUGCAGAAGCAUGACUGAGAGCUCUUAUUUUCCGGCAAUUCAAGGAUGAAAUAGUCUAAAAGUGUUAACGCUUGGUUCCCCCUUUCCCUGGUGUGCUUUUGUAUGUACCCCUUCCCGUAACCCGACCGCACGCGGCCCGGACGGCUCGGUUAGUGCGUUACCGUUCCUCCUCACUAAUUUUCACUGUUGUGAAAGUGAUUUAGAAUUAAAAAAUGGUUUUACAUUGA